AGCUCGACCCAAGUCAACGUAAUUUGACUCGUAUUAUCGUAAUUAACUCUGCAAGAUCGAAUUUCUGACAGUUAUUUUCGGUAUGUUGACUUGAUACGUCGAAAAAAACAUUUAAAAGUGCUAUCGAUAGAAAUUACUUUUUUAAGUCUGUGUUGAUAGUUACAUUCGUAAAAUGUUGGCGUCAUAGAAGAAAGGUCACCGAAAGGAGCCUUUGAGUAAUAAUCGCCGAAUUUCGACGCAAGAUCUUGCGCAUGAACUCUACGCCUCCCCUCCCAAUCAUCUAUCAAUUUCUUAUCUCCUUGCCCCAAUCGCACGCGGCGUUGGGUCGCGACGAAGGCGAAUUGGCAUUAAUCGAAAAGGGAUUUUGCAAAAUAUUCAUGACAAGUUGUAUCUCGGAGCUUCUCGAGUUCGACGAAGAGACAAUUCCAAGUGCGAGGGAACACGAUGUCCGGGUUUCAACGAAUGACAAUAUUAUCGUGCAUCGCUGAAAGUGAGGAAAGUUCGAAAGAGAGUCAAGACGAAGCGUCUUCGAUGCUAGUGUCGCCGAUCUCUGGAAUCGUUAACAAAUUGAUGAACUCGUCGCUUUCGGGAAGCUGUUCGAAACGUAGCAGAAACGAUGCUGAAGGGUGUCACGAUGCCUCUCCUUGCAAGCGCCCAGAUCGUCACACCAACGACGGGCUUUUCAAAAAUGCCUUCAAAUUCAAAAGUACACCCGAAAGCACGGUGAAAUCCAGACCGAAGGCACGUCGACUUCUCGGCAUGGCGUCGCGACGCUGUACCAGUCCAGAGCCAGUGUCGCCAUCUGCUGACAAGGAGAACAGCUUUGUCUCUUGCAGCCCUCGCGCCAGCAGUCCUCAAAAGAUUGUCGGCGGAAAGAGAUGUCGUUACCCGCUGGAGGACUACGAUCCGAACAGUCAGGACAGCGGUUACGAAGCGAGCUAUCCCGAGAGGGACGGAAAGCCACGCGAUGGAUUUCAAUUCGUCGAGCCCCUGGCUGUUGCUCCCCGUCGUAUGUCAAUCGAACGCAGUCCUAUGGCAUCUCCGGUCAGAUCUUCGCCUCAGCGAACGCGCGCCGCUCGAUCAUCCCUCUUUCGUAGCGUUUCAUCUGGCUACGAGAGCAUGGACGACGGUUUCAACGAUUUGAUCGACAUGGAGGCUCUAGACGACACGACGCAAUUGCCCAAUGGCAUCUCGACCCUUCUCAGCGGCGAUAUCGUUGGCAACGUCACCCUGAUCGACGCCACCAGCCACAAGAUCGACACGAGCAGCCCCAGCACACCAGAAUUCCCUCGUACCAACCGAAACGGUAACUUCAGACGAUCCUUAUCGCUGCAGAACGAAAGACCAGAAAUACGCAAGAACUCGACGCUCUCGAAAGUACGUUCCUGCUUGUUUCGUUCUCCAAAAGCCUCACCCGAAGCGAGUCCAAGUCUCGAGGACAGCCCGUUCUCGAGAACAACGGUGUCCACGAUUCGUCGUCAACGGAUCUACCGCGACGAGAAUGCUACUAGCAGCACCGACUUCGAUUCACCGUUAUCCGUCAGGACGUUCAAACGACCCGAUCCACCCAUGGACGAUAGUCCAAAACUAGUCAAGAGGUCGCGAAGAUCGAGCACCAGCUUUCUGGACGCGAUCAGGGAGUGCACCAGCACCGAUACACCAGCCUUGAAUCCAAGGAUCGCAUCCGUACCUUUGCAGAGAAGCUUGUCCGAAACGGCCACCACGAUGACAAAAACGGAAGCGCACGCACUGAUCAAGUCGGCUAUCCAUCGCAGCAUCACCGACGCAGACCUGACGGGUGACUUCAGCAAACCCUGCGUUCUUCCGUUGGCUACUGGCCAACACGAAGACCUGAAGUCGAUAUCCACAGAAACCUUGGCUGCUCUCAUUCGCGGAGAUUUCAGGGAUCGCAUCGGUACGUUUCAGAUAGUCGACUGUCGUUACCCUUACGAGUACGACGCUGGACACAUUCAAGGCGCGCAGAAUCUGUACAGCAAGGACUUGAUCGAGAGAAUCCUGCUGGAUCCUAUCACCAGCACACCAGCAAUCGAACCUGAUUCGAACAAAAGAAACAUCUUGGUGUUCCAUUGCGAAUUCUCGUGGGAGCGUGGACCAAACCUAUCGCGAUUCCUGCGAAACUUGGAUCGACAACGAAACAAGGAACACUAUCCUGCUUUGCAUUACCCAGAGGUUUACCUGUUACACGGUGGUUACGAGAAAUUUUACAGGGAACAGAAAACGCUGUGCACGCCGCAGGGUUACAGGCCCAUGAGACAUCCCGACAACGAGGCGGAUCUCAGACAGUUCCGAAGCAAAAGCAAAAGCUGGCAAGGUGAAAAACUCAGAAUCACGGGUACCGUGACACGGUCCAACUUGAAGCGUUUAGAAUUAUAUGACCGGCAAACCGGCUUCGUGGUCCACCACUUGCUUUCAUUCGCACCAUCUUUUGCGCUGUAUUCGCCUGCUGGUUCGUGUUCGAGUAUGACACAACUUUUAUUAAACGCAACUACACUGAUUGCAAAGAAACCUCUGUUGGAAAUUGGUACACGUCUCUUUUCUUCCAUGGCUCAAGCACUACAAACUCACGGCGUUGUGCCAGAUGUUAUCGACAAAGUACCACAGAAUGUGCUUAGCGUAUCUUAUCCCAAUAACCUUUCUGUUGAAAUCGGUAAGGUACUGACUCCGACUCAAGUUAAAGACCCACCAACUGUUACUUGGAGCCCUGAGGCCAAUGCCUAUUAUACUCUUUGCAUGACUGAUCCUGAUGCUCCAAGUCGAAAGACUCCAACAUUCCGUGAGUGGCAUCAUUGGCUGGUAGGAAACAUUCCUGGCUCUGAUGUCUCUAAAGGAGAAGUCCUCUCCGAAUAUGUUGGUUCAGGUCCUCCCCAAGAUACAGGCCUUCAUCGUUAUGUCUUCUUAUUAUACAAGCAGCCUGGAAAGCUUACAUUCGACGAGACGCGACUGACCAACCGAAGCGGAGAUAAUCGCGGAAACUUUUCCAUAAGAAAAUUCGCCGCGAAAUAUAAGCUUGGCGAUCCUAUUGCUGGAAACAUGUACCAGGCAGAAUUUGAUGACUACGUUCCUAUCCUCUAUAAACAAUUGGGAGCUUAAGAUUGUACCCUUGUAAACUUGAAGAUCGAAUGUUUUAUUAAAUUUCUAGUUUAUCCAACAA